AUGAAAGCCAGCCGGGUGCGGCGGAAAGGCAAGCGGCGGAAAGGCGCUGAAGAUGACGAUGCAGAAGAGCCGGCCAGACCAGCGAUAGGUUUGCACUGGUACAUCUUCAGUCUGAGCAUUCUCAUGGUGACAGCUUUGUCCUUCUUGAAUUUCCUCGCUUUGCCGGACCCCAGGGCCCACUCUUUGCUGAGUGCCGUCCUGCUGCGCCGCAAGGCCUCCGUCUCUGGGGACCCGCACUCAGACCCAGCGCUGGGUAGAAUGAGUGACGAGGAGCGGGUGGCACUGCUCAAGGCGGCGGAAGAGGCGCUGCAUGCGCCGCUGCCGGUGGUGGCGGUGACUGCGGCACCCCCGGCUGGCCUGCUUCGAGGAUCUCGCCCCUCAGAUUUCCUCCCGAAUAUGGCGGCACCGCCGGGCGGCGGCUUUGCGCCGCCUGCUCUCGGGCGCAGCGCGCCAAGCCCCGUGGAGACGCUUCGCGCCCGGGCCAAGGCCUCUAGCAAGCCGGCCUCGGAGAGUGCGUCACGCGGAGGUAUUGCCGUCUUCUCUGGCGAGACUUGGCUCCAGCUGGACGAGAUCGUGGAUUCCGAUGAGUUGACCUUCGGUAUUUGGAUCUACGUGCCGAAGCUCUCGGAGAUGGUGUUCCCCGCAUCCUCGGAGUCGAUGAAGACCAUUGCUUCCACCAAGGCCGCCGGGUGUUCCACCAGCAGCAAGGGCUGGGCCCUGUUCGUGCACGAGUGGUCCACCACGAACCGGCAGCUCCGACUCUCCUGGACAGAUCCAGGCAGUGGCUGCAACGAGAUUUACUCCGAGACCUCGCUAAUUCCGUAUGACAAGUGGACGCUAGUGGGCUUCUCCCUCUCGAAGGCCAACAAUCGGGCCAGCAUCAUGAUCGACAAAAACCUCGUGGUUGACACACAGUUCGGCCUGGGGAAGUACGUGCGUCAGAACCAGCCCUUGCAGAUUCAGCAGGCCAACAUCAACCAGCGAGUCUUGUCUGACAGCGGCAAGCUUCUGAUCGGGGCCCACCUUGUAGCAAAGCCAGAACAGGUUGGCACGGCUCACGGCUUUAUCGGGUUCAUGGGCGACCUGCGAAUUCUGCGCCAGUCCCUGGAAGGCUCAAAGUUGGUGCACCUGCUCUUCUGCGACACGCAGGAUCUCAUCACGGGCUCCCCCCAGUGCGGAACCAACGCGCAGGCUCUGGCUGUGCUGGUGCAGUUCCAGGUGGGCGUGGAGCCGCUCAACGCUUUGUCCGGCACACUGCUGCAGCACGGCUACGUCAAGACAUUUAAACCAAAUGCAGGCGAUGGGCUUCCGGUGCCUUUGCGACCCUGGAGCGCAGCGCCAGACCAUCCCCUGGUGCAGGAGCCCUUGGCCGUGGAAGUGGACAGCCUUCCUGGCACCACGUUGGACCCAGAGGCCUUGAAGGCCACUUGGCCCAAGGAGUGGCUGCAGCGCUUCUCAGAGGAGGAGCUGCUGAAAUCUCAGCGGGAAGCAGACGGCUGGGCUGCGGAGGUGCGUGCGGCCAUGAAGCAUACCUGGCAAGGCUACAGGUCCAAGGCCUGGGGCCACGACGAGGUGCAGCCGGGCUCAGGGAAGGUCAAGGACUGGUGCAAGAUGGCAAUCACAAUGCUUGACGGCUUGUCCACGCUCUGGGUGAUGGGUUUGAAGGAGGAGUUUGAGGAAGCAGCCGUCUGGCUGGAGUCUUCUCCCCUACCAGCGCCCGGCAGUCAUGGCCAACACAGCCUCUUCGAGAUCAACAUCCGCGGCUUCGCAGGCUUGCUCUCUGCCUAUUCCCUCAGCGGCAAGCAGAUCUUUCUGACCACCGCCCAAAACCUCGGGGAGAAACUCCUGGGUGCAUUUGGCACGCCGAGCGGAAUGCCCUUGCCCACGAUCGAUGUGGGCACGGGCAAAGCUGGCAUGCACUCCUGGAACGCCAACACGGUGCUGGCCGAGGUGACCACACUGCAGGUGGAGUUUCGGUACAUCUCCCAGAUAACGGGGGACCAGCGCUGGCAAGAGGCCGCAGACAAGGCCCUUGAUGUGGUGAUGAAGGCAGCGGGCAAUCGCGGCCUUGUGCCGAUUUACCUCAGCUCUCCGAACAAACAGGCUGUGUCCUUUGUGGGGGCCAAGAUGUCCAUGGGAGCAAUGGGGGACUCCUACUACGAGUACCUCCUGAAGCAGUGGAUCCAGGGUGGCAAGAAGGACGUGCGCCUCAAGGAUACCUGGAAGCACGCCAUGCAGGAAAUGAUGGACCAAAUGGUGGUGAAAACUGCCGGGGGCCUGCAGUUUGUGGCGGAGCUGGAGGGAGGCCGCAGGCGGAACCGCAUGGACCAUCUCGCAUGCUUCGUGGCGGGGAUGCUGAUGCUGGGAAGCAGGAACCUACCUCCUAAUGAGGUGGACCCCCGCUGGGAGCCUUUUGCUGCUGAGUUGACUUACACCUGCUAUCAGAUGUACGUGCGGACGCCCACGGGUCUUUCGCCGGAGUACGUGAACUUUAACGUGAACUCCGGGAAAGGCCAGGACAUGUCCAUCCCCGGAGACGCGCCGCAGAACCUGCUGCGCCCGGAGGCCGCGGAGGCCGUGUGGUACAUGUGGUAUUACACCGGCGACCCAAAGUACCGGCAGUGGGGCCACGAGAUGUUCUUACCCUUCCUGAAGUACUCCAAGGCCAAAUUCGGCUUCACCGCCAUCGGCGACGUCCGGAAGCGCAACCCGCCGAAGCGGGAUUCGCAGGAGAGCUUUUGGCUGGGGGAGACCUUGAAGUACUUCUACCUCAUCUUCGCACCGCGGAGUACCCUGAACCUCGAGGACGACAACGUGCCGCCCACGCAGCCACGGCACCUGGCGCGGCUGGUGCAGUCGGCCGAUGGCUUGGAGGACCUUCAGCUCGUUGAGCUGCCAGGCGUGGGGCACUGGUUCAGCCAGGCGGAGCCCUCCUUGGCCUCCUGGCUGGAGCGCCGCCUUGCCGCGGAGCUGCCCGAGCCGCCCAGGUCCUUUGAGUUCACUGUGACCACCCCGGGCCACUACGGAACCAAAGGCUCCUGGCGGAUCCUGCAGCAGCUGGAUGCCUCGCAACCGGCGCGGAUCGUGGUGGAGGCAAACCAGAGCUGGCGGAUCUCCAGCUUCAACGUCCGCCGCCUCGCGCUGGAGCCCGGCGCGCCGCUCGGCGCGGCUGGGGCGGCUGUGCUGCAGGAGGUGCGCCUGGACGGCUCGGUCUUCGAUACGAAGGCGCUCCUCUCUGGGGCUUGCACCCACCUGUGCCGCAGCCACCGCCAUGCUCGCUGGAAGAUCUGUGGGAAGAGCUCCAGCGAUUGCGCAUGGCGCUCGCUUCAGCGCUUUGCUUCGGCCAAUGAUGUGCUGCGGGCCCCGGUCUGCCUGGUGGCGGAGCCUUCGUGGCGGCGGCAGGCGGUGGCGCUGGCAAACAAGCUCUACUUUGUGAGCCGCUAUGCGCCGCCUAUUGUCGAGGCGGCGGAUGCUGCCGGCUGCGAAUCCUCCAACCUGGUGCUACUGGGGGGCAACGUAAAGAGCUUGAGUUGCUCCUUCCCCUACAUCGGCUUCACUGAAGACAGCUUUGUGCUUGAUGGCAACCACUACUUGGCCAACAGCACAGGAUUACUGGCCGUGGGCCACCUCCGAGAACGCCGGCUGCUGCUGCUGGCGGGUGAGCCUACGGCCCUGGCGGCAGUGCCGGUGACCUCCGGCAGACACGGAGCUGACUUCAUGCUCAUGGGCAGUGAGCCCUGGAAGGGCGAGGCCAACAUCCUGGCGGCGGGGUGCUUGACACCUCUCUGGGGCAUUUCCCCAAGCGGCUGGAGCGAGCCCGACCCGCACUCUGGAGGCUUCCUGGGCGGUGUUCAGACCGAGCUCGCGCAGCCGAAAUGCGAGGAAGUGGAGCUGUCCGACAGGGAGCUGUCAGGCGACGCUUUCCGUCCUUCGCUGGGCAUUUUCCUUUUGGCCAUCGCCUUUGCCAUGGCCUGA